AUGCCCCAGAAACUCAUCAAAAAUCCUAAAAAUGGCUCCAGCAGAAUCUCCCAGGCCUGCGACCGCUGCCGUAUCAAAAAAAUCAAGUGUGACGGUAGCUUACCCAGUUGCUCCAAUUGCUCGAAAAUCGGCUUUUAUUGCAAAACCAGCGACAAAUUGACCAGACGCUCAUUCCCCAAAGGUUACACCGAAAACCUCGAACAAUACCUCAUCUUCUUACAAAAUGAAAACCUCAAAUUGGUCAGUUUCAUCAAACAAGAAAUUACCUCGAAUGACGACAACAAUGAUUCAAAUUCAAAUUUCUUGUCCCUGCUCGAUAACCAUGAAGAAUUGGAUAAAUUGCUAGGUUCCAUCAAUAAUAAGUCUGGCAUAACCACUAAUAAUACCAAUAAUACUAAUCUAACCACAACCUCACAAAAAACUAACAACCAUUUCAAUAACGUUGUGGCCAACGGUAUCUCCAUAGGCAAGAACCUCUUCAAUUACAACAUGACCAAUCUUUUCCAACAAUUUCUCAUUGAUGAUGAUUAUCAACCAUCCACUCACAACCAUUCACAUUGUAACAACAACAACAACAAUAAUAAUAAUAAUAAUAAUCAUAAUAAUAAUCAUAAUAAUAAUAAUAAUAAUGACGAUUUCGUCGAGAAAAACUCGGUCUCCCUAAUAUUAGACUCCAUUCUUUUCAAAUUAUUCCUCUUGACCACAAAAAAUAACCACACCAGUAGCUACCUAACCGUCAACAAUAAAAACAUCAUCAUCAUCAACAAACUCAUUGAAAAUUACUUCAAUCAUAUCAACAAAAACUUCCUUUGCAUCAUGAACGAAUUCGAAUUCUUCACCAAUUACCAGAAAUUCAAAAACCAACUCAAACAUUUGGUCCUCCACUAUAACUCCCUCCUGCUUGGCAAUCUUCAUCAUGAUGAUAAAAACAAUAACAUCUCCAUCAAUGAAACCUCAGUCUACUUCAAAAUCCAAUUACUAUUGAUCAUCUAUAUUGGCAACAUCAAUUACUCAAUCCUCCUGCUCCAUAAUCCUCCAAAUGUCUCAAGAUCCACCACCACCACAACCACCAAUGGCCUGAAAUUUUUCAAACUCAAUUAUGACUACGCGUUGCUCAAAAAACUCAUUCUCACAAAAGUCCACGUCUUCAACGAUUGUAAUUUGGAAUUACUCCAAACUUUGGUACUAUUUUUUUACCUUUCACUUUGUUACGAUAAUAACCACACCUUCAACAAUCUUUGCCCCGGAAACUUCAAAGAUGAGUUUUUAUCCAGAAGCACCACCAACGUCUCAUUCCUCGUCAAACUAUCAUCGAUCAUCAACAAUUAUCUCAUCAACAUUCUUGCCAUCAACAAAAACGCCUCGAGUAUCGUCAAGUUCGACCCCCACAAAUUCUCCGAUACCUUUACCACCAAUAUUGUCAACCAUGAACAACAAGUCAUCAACUCCGCUUUCCAACCGGUAGACCCCUCUUCUGCUUCCGCUUCUGCUUCUGCUUCUGCUUCUGCCGAUGAUGAUUAUACCACCCAAAACUUGAAACUCAGAGUGUAUUGGGGGCUCUAUGUCUUGAAUAGCAUGCUCAUUUUGCAAACCGGUGACUACAGAAAUAACCACUUUAUGAAAACCCAUUACGGCGCCAGUUAUUACAAUAAAAUCCCCGAACUCACCAGCGUACUAAAUCUCAACCCCCACCUUGAGCCAAUGUGCCAACUCGUGGAAUUUUUCAAAAUCGUUAACCAAAUGGUGUUGUUCAACCAUGAAAGUUACCGCCUCACCAAUCAUAAUGGUAAUGAUACAGAAAUCAAAAACAAGAAUGCUGGCAAUAACCGGCCAAACUGGGAAAACGAGCUUUUCUUAUUAUCCCCGAGGAAACUCCAAGAAUUGAAUGAUCAAUUAGAUCAAUGGAAGAAAAAACUCGUGGAUCAUAAUCUUUUCCAUGAGAUCCCCACUGGAGAAAUUCAAAAUUGGAAAAACCAUUUUGCCAAAAAGCCCAGUAGUGGUAGUGGUAGUGGUACCAAUUACCUUCCAACUGUCGAAGAAUCGUCAUUCCCCUUGGCGGCCAUCCAAUCCAGUAUGAUUUACCUAUAUGUCAAAUCCCUAAUUUUUUAUAAAUUGACGAAAUUCAAAGUGGCCAAAGAAAGCGAUACUUGGAUGGUACACCUUGGUACGGUGAUUCGAGAAUUCUUAUCAUAUUGUAUCUUGAUUGAUUAUAUCAACAACGAUUUCCACAAUUCCAGUGGGCUUUUUGAAGAUUGGCAACAAAAAGACCACACCGAUAAUAAUAAUAAUAAUAAUGACGAAGACAAUGACGAGCAAAAACCUGUGAAACGUCGGAAAUAUUCCAUCAAUUCCGAUACAACCACCGCCUCAUCAUCAUCAUCAUCAUCAUCAUCAUAUACCAACAGAAAACAACAGCAAAAAGGAUUGAUCAAUGUCAAGUCGGUGGAACAGGAAUUCAUCUCGUCGGUGAUGACCAAUCAAUUUUCUGGCGAGGGUCCCAACAUCAAUUUCAAAGUAUGUUCCUCCACCCCAUUCUGCACCUCGUUGUUGAACCAACAAAUCGACGAUUUUUUCUCCAGCAAUGGGCCAUCGGAGUUCCAAUUAUCGAAAUUUUUCAAAUCCCUUGAUUCGAUCGUUGAAUCAUCGGUGAAGCGGCAAUCUUCGGCAUCGUCGUUUAAAAACGGUUUCAAGCUUGUGCCAUUUGACGUGCUUAAACAUGGGUUUUUCCAAAUCUCUCUCCUUUUAAAGGUCACCAAGGAGCAUUAUAAGUAUAAAGGCGCGCUAUAUCAAGAUUCCCUCAAACUCAUCAUCAAAGUCCUCGUGGUGUUGGUAAAGAAUUAUGAGUUUGAUUCUUCUCAUAGUGGCGAUGGCAAAUCAUCAUCUGGUGGGUUUUACCGCAAAUGGUUCCAUCAAAUCCAGCAGCAAGUUUGUGAGUUGUGUCCUCCGGAGCAUGCUAAUAAUAAUUAUCACAAUAAUCUUGGUGGAAAUUAUAACAAUAAUCCUAAUGACAAAUAUAACAACCCUGAAGAUUGUAUUAUUAUUACCCCCGAUAAUGAUGAUCCAUCCAUCAGUAGUGCUGUUGUUGAUAAUGAUGACGACGACGAAGUCUCAAGUUACACCACCAGUCCUCGCGGGGGUCGAGAACGUCUGGACUCGUUGUUUUCUUCCGGGGUGAAAAUGACCCCAUCAGAUUCGGUUUCUUCAGGCUCACUUUUCUCAAAUCGGGAUUCAGUGAAGAUGAGUCAAGGAAGUAGUAAUGGUAUCGUUGAAAAUCGACAACGCGGCAAUUCUUUGGAUGGUAAAAGUCAAAUCCAUAACAAACACUCGUUAUUUACUGAAAAUCGUCAACGAGGUAAUUCUUUGGAUAGUAAUAAUAACAACCUUAACAAACAUUCGUUAUUUAUCAAGAGGGUUUCCAAAAAUGGUGAUAAGGAACAUGUUCUGGUUGAUAAGAUUUUUGAUGGUAAAUCAUCGAUCACCAUUGACCAUGGAAGCAAAAUAUCAUCUGAUAAAACCCUCGAAUUGGAUCCAUUAUCCGAAUGGACUGAUCGGGAAAUCAACCAUGGAAUGAACCCCCCAGAAUUAUCAUCAUCAUCUGGGAUUAGAAAAGACCUUAUUCUUGACCAUACGAAGGGGCAGGAGAUGCAAGAAUUAAGUUUGAAUGAUAUUUCCGUGGACAAUCUUGUGGAGAAUAUCAUGUACCCAAGUUGUGGGUUCGGCAAUGCCGAGGAGGAUCAUAAUAAGAAUAAGCUGGGGAUCUUUAAGAAUAAAUGGAACGAAUUUGGUGGAGAGACUAAAGACAAUGGGGUGAAGAUGACUAAUUCUAACUCGAGUUCUUUGUUAGAUAUUAGAAAGACGUUUCAUGAUUUCAAUUUGAUUUUGGAAUGA